GAGAGCAGGGCCACUUCCAGUCGUGAGAUGGCGGCCACGGCGGGCAGAGCUCGGCUGCUCCUCCUCCUCCUCGCCAGGACUCCCGCCGGAGGAGGAGGAGGAGGAGGAGGCAGCAGUGGUACUAGUAGCAAUGCGGGAGUGGCAGCCUCAGGGUGCUUCCCAGGGCUGGGCAGGCACCGGCAGCAGAGACACCGGACGGCACACCAAAGGCUUCCUCCAUGGCAGACCAUGAGAGUGGUUUAUUGCAGUUCUGUAGUGCCCUCUGAUGAUGUCACAGUCGUUUACCAAAAUGGAUUACCUGUAAUAUCUGUGAAUCUUCCAUCCCGCCGUGAGCGUUGCCAGUUUACACUUAAGCCUAUCUCAGACUCUGUUGGAGUAUUCUUGCAACAACUACAGGCAGAAGACCGGGGAAUUGACCGGGUUGCAAUUUACUCACCAGAUGGGACACGAGUAGCCUCUUCAACAGGCAUAGAUCUUCUACUCCUUGAUGAUUUCAAACUAGUAAUUAAUGACUUGACUUAUCAUGUUCGUCCACCAAAGAGAGAUCUCUUAAGCCACGAAGAUGCAACCACGCUGAAUGAUGUAAAGACAUUGGUUCAGCAGCUAUACACCACACUGUGUAUUGAGGAGCACCAGUUGAAUAAGGAGAAGGAACUAAUUGGGCGGCUAGAAGACCUCAAGCAACAAUUAGCACCUCUGGAGAAGCAGGCUAGGAUGGAAAUCUGCAGAAAAGCAGAGAAGAGGACCACUUGGGUGCUGUGGGGUGGCUUGGCUUACAUGGCCACCCAGUUUGGGAUUCUCGCCCGGCUUACCUGGUGGGAAUACUCUUGGGACAUUAUGGAGCCAGUCACCUACUUCAUCACAUAUGGUAGUGCCAUGGCAAUGUAUGCAUACUUUGUGGUAACGCGUCAGGAGUAUGUAUACCCAGAUGCCAGAGACAGGCAGUACUUAUUAUUUUUCCAUAAAGGAGCCAAAAAGACACGUUUUGAUCUAGAAAAAUACAAUCAACUCAAGGAUGCUAUUGCUCAGGCAGAAUUGGAUCUUAAGAGGCUUCGAGACCCCUUGCAGGUGCAUUUGCCUGUGCGACAAAUCAGCGAUAAAGACUGACCAGCGGAGGACCUCUGAACCCUGGCAGAAUUGGCAAACCUGUUCAUAGCUCUCGCCUCUUUAAUUAAAGUAUCGCAGAUGGAAGCUGGGAGGUCUUAUUGGGGUGGAGGGUUUUUUUAUUAUUCAGGAGUGAGCAAGGACCUUGGCUGGAGAGGGGACAAUGUGUUCUACCAUAAGAUCAGGCACUGUGGGAUGUUAAGUCUUUUCAAAGGGCUUGGCGAAUACUGUCACAUUCAAACUUUCUUUUUGAAAAUAUGUAUUAAAAAGUUGGAUGUUUCAUUAAGAGACUGUAUGGGGGGCACAUAUCUUUCCAGCUUUGCAGUGUCUGCCUCUUGAUGAUGCACCAGCAGCCUGCUCAGCUUUUUUUUUUAAGAAAAAGAAAUACCUUCUCUUUCAACAUACCAAUAAUAAUAAAUAAUUGUGCACUAAAGUGAAGUAAAGUCAGGCCAGUCUAAAAGGUUAUGGUUGGUGAUGCAAACUGGAGCUCUGCCUCCCUUAAUAGCUCCUUCCCCUAGAUCAGACCUAAUGUGUCUUGGAGGCGGAGAGGGUGUAGCUUUAAUGUGGAGCUUCCCCUACCAACCCACUUACUAUCAAUCUGACAUUUACUGAAUGAUUACUGAUGUAUUCAGUUUCAUUAGGAUCACAAAUGAAAACCCUUGUUCUGAUCCAUUGGCACUUUGAAUUGUUCCUUAAUACCUUCUUAAAACUUCAGCGUGUCCCACUAUGCUCUAUCUACUACUACAUAUAAAUGGUGAUGCUGCAUGACAGAAUUCUUCAUAUUCAGUCUUAAGGGGGGAAAGUGCCACCACCUCCACUCUUCCCAACCCAGUUCUUUUAGCUACCUGGAUUAUUAAAUCAAAAAGGUAUCUAUGUAUGUAUGUAUGUGCAUAUACAUUCAUAUAUCUAUAUAUUUUCAUAUAUAUUUAUAUGGAUGAAUGGGGUCAGAAUCAUGAUGCUAUGUGAAGCAGCUUUGUGAAGCAGCUUUAGAAUUGUGGUGAUUACAUUUGAUGUUUGCCUAGCCAAAUAAAUAAUGUGUCAAUGAAUUUGCCUGGUUUAGAGGCUUUGUCAGUGGCCUGAAGCAAAAGCCACAGAGUGCCACCUCGAUCCACAGUCCUCUCUUAUUUAAGUAGCUUUAAAAGAAUGCCUGUUGCCUAAGGGUCAAUAUUUCUGUGGAGUAGCAGACUGCAAACCUCUUACUGAAAGAAUUAAGGAAAUGGCACUCAUUCUCCACUUCUUGCAAACCAGCUGAUUUUUUUUCAUAAGUGGAUCUUGCAUCCUGCACUGAGUGGAAUCAGCCUCUUCUUAUCAUCCUGUUUGAUAAAUACUGUGGAAACAGGAUGGAGGUAGGAGAAGGGCUUUAAGCUUAAUUCACAGAAAAGCCAGGUGUUUCCUUUUGGUUCACUACUUCUCACUGUGUUAAGACGAGAGGCUCCCACUUUCUGGAGAACCAUGUUUUAAAGUGUACAAAAUAAAUAUAAACCAGACGCCAGGUGCCUUGCCAAAGUGGAAACGCAGACAGGAUUGUUGCUGCCUCCUCUCACUCGAUGGCAUGUUGGACUGAAUGGAUGCAUGUUUCAAGGUGUUUUUCCACUCCUCACCUUUCUUCCUCUGUCUUUCUCUUUUCAGUUAUCUUUUGGGUUUCUCCCCCUAAAUACCUGAUUUAUUCUCUUUGUAUGCAGCAUUUUAAAAAGGAAGAAAAUGAGCAGUCCUGUAAUGGAAUCCUUUGUGUGUGUUUGGGGUGAGGGAGGGGGCAUGGAGAAAAGUCCUUAAAAAUAAAGUAAAAUACUGAACAUGUGUAAAAAUCCUGUAUCAUUUAUUAAAUAUGUAUAAAAGAGCAAUGUACUUCUGGAACAAUAAAUAACUAUUCAGUUUUUGAA